UUGUUUCGGUGUCGGAGCUAGUAUUGUAAAAUUGAAAAAAAUCAAAAAAACUGCAACUUAACCGAAUUAGUGUUGUUCAAUAGCGAAAAGCGGGCAAUUAUUGCUUUCAUGGGCAGCACUGAAAGGCAGAGCGCGUGCUUUGUGCUGUGAAAAACGAAUCGCACAGAUUUUUCUCGACUCAUUCUGAAAAUGGACUUUAAUGUGGAGGCAGCUGUAGCGGCUGCCGCGGCUGCGGCUGCGCAACGGGCCGACGGUGCCAGAACGGUGUACGUGGGAGUAGCUGUCCAAAAUUCAGGUAGAAAGAAGAAGAAUCAGAGCGAAAAACCUCCGUAUGUGUUCAACAAGGAUCCACGCUAUUUGCCAAACUUGACGAAGCUGACCUUUGGCAAGCGCCACAUCGAAAUGGAUGGGAUUGUGAUGUGCACGCUGUCGCCGCAGGAGCAUCGUCACGAUGCGGAGGCUGCCAAGAAGUCGGAGGAGCUGUGUUGCCCAGUGUUCGAGAUACCGGCCAAAUUGUUUCCACGCAACGCUCCUCUCCAUAAGAUAAUGUAUCUGCCAGUGGAGUUGCUGCCGAAGGGUUUCGAGGCUGGUGGCAUUUUUUCGACCGGCGUGCUGAGCCGCAAGCUCUAUCCGAACGGGCUGCUGCCAUCGCGCUACAGUGGAAUGACACCUCCGCUGUUCGUGGGCUGUCGCCUGCCACCAGGCCAGACUCAGCCAAAUGCUUCGACGGCUACAAGCACCACUUUUCUGGACUUGGCGACGCCCGAUAAUGUCGUCUUGCCCACCAACUACCUGGGCCCGGAGAUGUGCCUUGGCUACAUCAUUUCGCACUCCGAUUUGCUGGACGACGUGGAUCGCUCUGUUCAGCGUAUAAGGUCCGACUAUACCAUCUAUGUGCCCGACCUGAGCAUCGUGCCGAUGAUGGUGUACCAUUCGACGCCGCUGUGCGUCACCGUCCUCUCCGAGUUCAUCCAUCCGCACGUGACGAGUGCGGCCGAAGCUGCGCUGACCGAGCGAACGCCCAAGGUUAAUUUACCAGCCAGAUAUUUCAGCAAUGAAUCUAGCAUGGUCUUGAGUGAACCAGUUCAUCUGCCAAGGCGCUACUUGCCGCCCGGCUUUUCUGCCGGCUGUGUGUUUGGGUCCGGCAGCCUGUCGCGACUCCUGUUCAUGGAGUUGAUCAAAGAUGCUCCGCCGCAGUUCAUGCGCGACAAUCCGGUAAUACCGCCGAUCUUCAUUGGCCAGUGGAAGGGCAAGAAGACGCCGAAGCGGUACUUGUUUCCUAGGGAGGCCUAUAUGAUGAACAUAGAGCGUCCGAGGUCAACGCUGGAAGAGGAGGUGGAGGUGAUGGGCGACGAGUUACCGGAAGCAAGCAACCGCCAGAACGAGCAGCCAGCAGGUGAGGAGGCAGCAUGUGAGGAGGCAGCAGGUGAGGAGGCCGCAGGUGAGGAGGCAGCAGGUGAGGAGGCAGCAGGUGAGGAGCCCGAUCUUGAGGGGGCAGUAGGUGGUGAAGAGCCAGCGGGUGAAGAGACAGAAUACCUCAAAGAGGAAUAUCUAGAUGGUUCAGAGCUAGAAGACUACGAAUACGAAUACGAAGUCGAAUAUGAUCCCGAACUCGAAAACUUCGAGUUCGAUGAAGAAUCGGCAUUGUCGCCGUUGGAGGAAGAAACCGAUGAAGAUAAUCGCUCGACGACGCCCUUCGUCAACAGUGAUGAUAGCCGAGAGACAGCGCCAUUCAAAACCCGAAAGUAUGAAACGAAAGCGAUGCCAAUUGGUUCAAAGCCGUAUGGCGGCAUUUGGUUCUUCAAAGUGAAGAACCAACAAACGGUCAUCGAUGCUCUGAUUAAGGAUUUCAAGACCGCCGGUAUCAAGCUGGCCUCGGAAACCUUUGAUCAGGAGACACUGAAACGUGCCUGUAAACAGUGGAUCGACCUGCAGGUUCGCCGCGACGAGAUACUCGCCAAGAUGGUGGCCGACAAGAACGAGAGAAAUAAACGCUUUCGGCCACGCCGCAAACCAAAGCCAUCCACGGACGAGUCCACAGCCGCGGACGCUUCCACAAUCCCGCCGCCGCCAUGUCCCGCGUCCCGGCUGGGCGGCAUGUGCUACAAGUGCGGCGCGGUGCGCAAAUAGUUCUUCCAGACAUCACAACACCACACAAACACUUAUUGGUAGCAGCGCGCGCACUGCAAUCUAUCGAUAUGCAUAUCGAUAUACACGCAAUUAACAUAAUCACACAUGCAUGCACAACAUACACACAUACAUAUAAGGCUUGAAGUGCCUUGCGAAAAGUACAAACAUAAACAUAGGAAUACCUCAUAUACAUAUGUACAUAUGUACAUACAUGCACAUGAACA